AUGUAGACAGCUUUGAAUGACUCAGGAUUAAAGAAGAGUCAAAUCGAUGAAAUCGUACUUGUUGGUGGUUCAUCUCGUAUUCCAAAGGUCAGAUAACUCGUGAAAGAGUUCUUUGAAGGAAAAGAUCCAAAUACAGGUAUCAAUCCAGAUGAAGCCAUUUGUUAUGGUGCUGCCAUCCAAGGAGGUUUGAUCUGCGGAGAGAAAUCAGAUGCUACUGAUGGUUUAGUUGUUAUUGAUGCCACACCUUUGAGUUUGGGUAUCGAAACAGUCGGAGGAGUCAUGAAUAAGAUUAUUCCUAAGGGAUCCUUCAUCCCAACUAAAAAGUCUCAAGUUUUCACAACAUAUGUUGACAAUUAAACAACAGUUACCAUCACUGUUUUCGAAGGAGAAAGACCUUUGGUCAAGGACAACCACAAAUUGGGACAAUUUGAUUUAACUGAUAUUCCCAAAAUGCCUAAGGGAUAACCUCAAAUUGAAGUUACUUUCGAAAUUGAUGAGGACGGUAUCUUAUCCGUUUCAGCCUCUGAAUAAUCAACAGGAAAGAAGAAUCAAAUCUAAAUUACUGCUGAUAACAAGUUGACAAAGGAAGAAAUUGACAGAAUGAUUAAAGAAGCCGAACAAUUCGCUGAGGAAGAUAAAAUUGCCAAGGAGAAGAUUGACGCCAAGAACAGUUUGGAUUCCUACAUCUAUUCCAUCAAGAACUAAAUCGAAGAUGAGAAAAAAUUAGCCAAACACUUGACUGAAGAAUAAAAACAAACCUUGAAGGAUGCUGUCCAAAAGAGUGAAGAAUGGAUUAAAAAGGAUGAAGCCAACUAUGAUAAAGAAGAUUUUGAAGGAGAAUUAAAAGAUUUAUAAAAAGUUUGUGAUCCAAUCGUUCAAGAAGCCUAAAAGAAGAAAGAUGAAAACAAAGAGAAUGAAGAUGAUGCUGAUGAUACAAAAACUGAUUUAUGAUUAAUGUGUGCAAUAUUUUAUUU